UCGAAACUCACAGAGUGAUGUUGAUUGAUUAGUUUGGUGAGAAAAAAAAAACAUAGUAACACAAUAUAAUGAUUAAAAUAUAUAAACAAUAAAAAGUGUAAGUAAUGGAAUCUUCAAUAAUUGGCAUUUGUGAAACUAUGUGUCCGCUCAAUGAAAUUAAAUUACGUACGCGAGAAGGGCUAUUACAUUUUUAUGAACGUAAACCAUCCAGAACCGGUGAAUAUAUUGUCGAUGAAUCAAGAGUGGUCAAAGAAUUUUCCCGAUCGGCAGCCGGUGUUCAAUCGCCCAAACCCAAUAAUUUGAGAACGAAACAAUGUCUCAAACGCACUGUAGAAUAUUUAUUGUGGGAUAUUAUAACAGAUGAUCGGAAACCAUUUCAUGUUGCGUAUGAUUUUAUUUUCGAUCGAUUGCGUGCCAUUCGUCAAGAAAUUGUUAUACAAGAUUUUGAUGAAAUAACAACCAUUGAACUAAUUGAACCAAUGAUCAUGUUCUUGGCAUACUCACUGUAUAGACUAGUCGAUGAGCCAAUCGAACGAUUCGAUCCGAAAAUAUGCCGUCAACAUUUGCAAGAGUGUUUGAAGAAGGUGCUAAAGUGUUAUGAUACAUUGGAUGAAUCAAGUGAGAAGAAUCAUGGCGAUGACGCUGAUGUACAAAAGGCUGUAGCUCAUAGGGAAUUCAUUGAAUCACUAUAUUUAUUGUUCAACUUGGGCAGUGGCGAAUCAUUGGCCAGAGCCCUACAUACACCAUCAAAGUUUAAGAAUUCAACAUUUAAAUGUUCUUUCACCGUUGCUCUAUCGUUUUGGACUCGGAAUUUCUACAAGUGUCUUUCAAAUAUUAUGAAUUUGCCAUACAUAUUGUGUGCAGUGGCUUCGCUGCAUGUACAAUCAAUUAGAAGGGAACUCGUGCAAUCUUUCUCUGUCGCUUAUCAUAAUAAAUUACUGUCCGUGUCAUUAGAAUGGUUGAAGAAUAUUACAUUUUUUCAUUCAGUUCAAGAAUUAAUAUUGGACUUACGAUACUACGGAUUGUCGGUUGACACACAAACAAAAACCGUUAACUUUCAACGUGAUGCAUUUCAAGCAUCAAAACCAAUUAUAAAAUCGAGGAGAGAACAAUUCGUCGAUGUUCAAUUGAAAUAUUCCAUUAAAGACAUGUUGCUGCUGAUCAAAAUCUAAUGUAUAUGAAUCCACCGAAGACAUCCCAUCUUUGUUUUUAUCAAGAAAUAAAAAGCCUUUUGAUAAA